AUGAAAUUCGCGAAAGAGCUGGAACAGGAACUGGUUCCUGAGUGGCGGGCGAAAUAUCUCGAUUACAAGACCGGUAAGAAGAAAGUCAAGGCGAUCACGAAAGCGAUUCAGAAAGGAAAUCGUGGUCCUCAAACUCCGUCGUUUCGAUACCCAACCCCAUCCUUCCACGAAUCGCCAAUUCUCGAGCGGUCCAAUGCCAGGAAGCAUAUAGAUGGAACGGAUGAAGACGAUACUUUGAAUGAGAAUGCGAAUCGCAGAGGCUCUAGUCCCCUGCCGAUUCCCCGCUCCAGGUCAACACCCAGACCAGAACGACAGCCGUUGCGCAAUCAUGGAUCGCGACUUCCUGACACCGUUGGGAGCUAUGGGAGCAUCAUCGCGACACCACCACAGUCGGGGAUGAUGGGAUCAGACAGGGCUUCGUUCGAAUUGCCAGAUCCCUUGAUAGACCCAAAUGAGGAAUAUGUGCCGCCGGGGCAGGACCCAGGCUAUCAAAAGGAAGUCAGGACUCCGUCUCCAGUCGCCAGGCGUGCGACUUUCACUGCAACUCCCGCGCAAUCAAUGGAAGAUCGCACGAUGAUCCCAAGGACCCCGACGGUUCCUACCUUGCAUAGUGCCAGCACUCAGGGAACAACAUUGACCCCAACGAAUUCAAAUGCAAGAAACCGUACCUCGCAACUCCUUCGACGAGUUUGGUCCAACGCGGAAGGGGAGGUUCCAGGAAAGAAAGCAGCUGUUGAUCCUGCGUUGGAGACACAGAAACGUCAAGACGAAUUCUUUGAAUUUCUGGACGCCGAGCUGAACAAGAUCGACUCCUUUUAUCGGAUGAAAGAAGAGGAAGCUAGCGUCAGACUCAAAGUUCUUCGCCAGCAAUUGCACAUAAUGAGAGACCAAAGGAUUCAGGAAGUGUAUGAGGUCAAGCGAGCCGCCAAGAUUCUUAAGGGUGAACAUCCCGAUCGUACAAAGAUGCUCGGCAAGUUGAACAGCUCCAGAAUUAAAGACACUCUCACUGGGAAGACGAGGUUUGGAAAGAACACUCGGGCGUUGGAAGCGAUGGGUACACCGAAGAUUCCUGAGCGAGACAGUGAGUUUAUUGCCAACCGACGAGACUUUAUGCGGCGGCAAGAUCCACAGAACAACGAGGUGUCUUACCGAUCGGCGAAGCGCAAACUUAAGCAUGCAUUGCAGGAGUUUUACCGAGGAAUUGAGUUGCUGAAAGAUUAUGCUCUCCUGAACCGGAAAGCUUUUAGCAAGAUCAACAAGAAGUAUGACAAAGCGGUUGAUUCUCGGCCUUUGUUGCGGUAUAUGACCGAAAGGGUCAACAAGGCCUCCUUCGUGCAGAGUGAAGAAAUUGAGCACCUGUUGGUAGCAGUCGAGGACUUAUACUCUCGAUACUUUGAGCGCGGGAACCGUAAAAUCGCCGUGUCCAAGCUUCGUCACACCAUUAACAAGUUGGGAGAUUACUCGCCCAGCACUUUUCGGGCGGGCCUCCUACUUAUGGCGGGCGUUCUCUUUGCAAUCCAAGCGUUGGUUUACGCGUCACAACGUUUACACUCCGCCAACAUGGCGGAACAGACUCAGACUAGUUAUUUGUUACAGAUCUAUGCAGGCUUCUUCCUGAUCACAUUUCACGUAUUGCUAUUUUGCGGGGAUUGUAUGAUCUGGACAAACUCAAAGAUCAACUAUGCAUUUGUUUUUGAAUAUGAUACCAGGCACACGCUGGAGUGGCGCCAAUUACUAGAAAUCCCCGCUUUUUUCAUGUUUAUGUUGGGUCUUUUCAUGUGGCUAAAUUUUUCAUGGAUGAAUGCCAUGUACAUAUACUGGCCCGUCGUAUUAAUAGGGUUGUCUGUCUCCAUCAUUUUUUUGCCAGCCAGAGUGCUGCAUCAUCGCAGCCGAAAAUGGUGGGCCUUUUCAAACUGGCGACUUUUACUAGCCGGGGUGUACCCUGUUGAAUUUCGAGAUUUCUUUCUCGGUGACAUGUAUUGCUCCCAGAGCUACGCCAUGGGGAACAUUGCACUUUUCUUCUGCCUAUACGCCCAAGCUUGGGACAACCCACCCCAAUGCAAUUCCAGCCAUUCAAGGCUUCUUGGGUUCUUUACUUGUCUCCCGGCAAUAUGGCGAUCCUUCCAGUGCAUUCGUCGAUAUGUGGACACGAAAAGUGCAUUUCCCCAUCUCUUGAACUUGGGCAAGUACAUCUUCAGCAUUCUGUACUAUGCUACUCUCAGCAUGUACCGUAUCGAGCGACAGACCCGAUUCCAGGCCUCCUUUAUCACAUUCGCACUCCUGAACGCUGUCUAUACAUCAGUGUGGGACUUGAUAAUGGACUGGAGCUUGGGUAAUGCCUAUGCCCCGCAUCCCAUGCUGCGAGAGAUGCUCGCUUUCCGACGAGUCUGGGUGUACUAUGUGGCGAUGGUUUUGGAUGUCAUUAUUCGAUUCAACUGGAUCUUCUAUGCCAUCUUUGCCCGCGAUAUGCAGCAUUCCGCCUUCUUGAGCUUCGCCGUCUCUCUGUCGGAAGUCUUCCGUCGAGGGGUAUGGACUAUCUUCCGUGUGGAAAAUGAGCACUGCACCAACGUGGCCUUGUUUCGCGCAUCGAGAGAUACUCCUCUGCCUUACGAUAUCCCGGCAACUCCAGCCUUCGAUGGCGCCCAAAACGACGAUGUUCAACUCCAGGAACAGCCGACGACGCCCUUUAUGUCGCCAGGAGAUGCAGAGCUUGGACCAUCAUCGAUCUCGGGCCAUCGUGUUCGGAAUCGCCGACCCUCGGCCAGUGUCGCUCGUGUUGGAAACAAAGUUGCAGGCGCCCAUACCCAAGACUUUGAGCGAAAGCGUCUGCCGACGUACUUCUCUAGCACUGCUCUCGCGCAUGGACAUGGUGUUUCACACAGUACUGAAGACACGUCUGAUGAAGAAGAAGAAGAAGAUGGAGAUUUGACGACCGAUGAGGACGAAUCAGGCUCCACAGUUGAUGUUGCCCAUGAUGACGCACAGGUUGCGGAUGAGCGACGAUCUCCAAUGCACCGCAUUGCGGAAUAG